AUGGCAUCGAUUAACCUGCCUCAGCCGCACCUCAAUGAAUCGAUACGGGAACAUGCUGGAGCGACAGCAAUGGGGGGGCAUUUUUUCCUCUCCACUGCACCUGACCCUCUUCCGGAUUCCAAGCCCCUUAUAGAAGGCUCAUCUUCUAUCACGAGAGUCCACGCAGUGGACAACCAGGCGGCGGUUUGGAGGGCAGGCGAAGCUUUCAUUAAAGCGCAUCGCAUGGACUAUCCUGAUGUAACCAGAGAGCAUGUUACUCUGCAAUUCCUUAAAGACCAACAGCCCCAUGGCUUUGAAUUUCCGAAUGUACUCUAUCAUUUUGAGACCGACUCGCGAUACUUCCUCGUCGUCUCGAGGGUUCCCGGCCAGCUCCUUCAUGAGGCUUGGCCCAAUAUGGACGAGACUCUUCGCCGGUAUUACGUCGGCAAGGUAGCAAAUGUUUGCAAUUACUUAGCAGCAUGGAAGGGCGACAUCAUUAGUGGUGUAGACGGAGACCAGCUAUUCGAGCGUUAUUUCAUCAAAGGCAACAGCAAGAUGGCGGAUGCCCUUGCUCCACAACAACUUCUGAAGAAUUGUACCGAGAUGUGUAUGGAUGACUCUACACUUGUCUUCUAUCAUUGCGAUCUUGGCCCUACGAACCUCCUUGUCAACGUCUCCACAGGCUCGCUAGGCAUCAUUGAUUGGGAGCUCGCUGGCUAUGCCCCUAUCGAAUGGGUCAGAACAAAAUUUCGACUCUCUGCAGGAAUGGAUUUCAAUUAUGGAGAUGAGGAGUCUAAGAAGGAUUGGCGCCGUAAGGUUGCCCAGCAUCUGGAAAAGAUGGGCUACAGCGAUGUUGUGGAUGCAUGGUGGAAGUUUCAGGAUAGCUCGUAG